AUGACGUUUGAGAAGUUUGACGACCUUCGUCUAUGGGCUGACACUUUACAGGACUCUCUUGUGUCUCCCAAAUCUAGUUGCCUCCAUUUCCACUCUUCCUCGAUCAUUCCCUCAGAAGCUUCGGACGGCGAAGCUCUGAACGCUGCAGCAUCUCAGAAAAGUUGUUCCACUCGAGCACUGUCCACUAGAAGCUCAAACCACCAAACUCACUUCUCAAAUCUCUUUUCUCGCGCCAUACACCAUUGUGGUGGGAACAAUGAUGGCUUCCUCCAUGUCACACUCGACCGACUUCUUUUCGUUACCACCUCCCAGGGACGAAAACCAGCUCUUCUUGCCUUUUGGAAUUUUACAAAUGGAGAAAUCAGUGUAUACGGAACUGGGCGAGCUUGUAUGAAAACAGACGACUUAGAAACCAAAGUUUUUUAUUUGGUGGAUGGAAAAGGCCAGUAUAUUUUUAUCUGUGACCGAGCUGUCGAGCUAAGCGCUUGGAUCCAGCGUGCCACCAGACCAGCGUCAUACCUUUACGAAAGACGGUGGUUAUCCUCUGUAGCUGCUCAGUUGGGAGAAGACCAGAAAUUAGUGGUUAUGCCCCUAAGUGGAGGCAGUGGACGGGAAGUGUGUGGUGCCAGUUUGGGUGAGGUCGAUGAGAUUCCCGUAACUAGUUCUCAGAAAACACCGUAUUUCCCCGUUUUCCGUCCAAAUCCUUCCUCCUCCAUGGAUGUUGAUGUACAUCUCCCAGAGAAACCUUUUGGGAAUAAUUUCUCAUCCUCCUCCUUCACUUUCCGCCGGCAUGUUCGUGGAAGGCAAGUAAUUUACUACUUUUUUGUCAGUAAAUUCAGGUCAGGGUCAUACCGAGCCCGUAUGCGAUUCUCAAGUAAUCCAACUGACCGUCCAGUGCAACCAAACGCACUCCAAGCAAGCUGUCAGUACGCCUCCGCCAGUGUGCCUUCGACUCACGACGCCAAUGUUGUCUCACGGUGGGACUCUGAGAUCCUCUCGUGUCCAUGUCAAUGUAGCAGAACCGACGAUCAGCCAUCGAUGGUUGCACUAUCACCUCUCCCACUGGAGAGCCCGGACACCAUGAAGUACUUUCCUCUCACCUCCGUGGACUGCCCCCUUGACUGUGGAAAUCCGGGACGCGUGGAAAAAGAGGAUCGAGUGCGGACACUGUCAGCCGCUCUCUCGUCGCCAGAUUCGUCUUGUGCAAACCCCCGUCCCGAAUGUGACGGCAAAACCGAGGCCGAAGUGCGACCGGCGAGGUGGGCCUCUCGACCCCGUCAACUGGGCAAUCGAUCCACAUCUCUCACGCUUUCAAACCACCCCUCGGCGUCGCCAUUUUCACGAGGUGCCGGAUCUACGCGAUACCGUGCUGCUUCCCUGAGCCCAUCAUCGAUCCUAGGCGUGACCUGCAGCGUACCGUGGGAUGCCGCACCGACUAACGAGAAGCCACGAACAGGUUGUCUCUAUUCGUCUCGCGAUGAGAUACGCGAGGCUGCUCUGAGAGCUGCAACCACUUUGCCUGCUUCCAGCCAACUCACCUCACUUCCUUCCGCCAAGUACUCUUCCGGUUUGUCCUCCGAUGAAAGUGAUGCGAGAGUUGACGCUUCCGACCAGCGUCUCACGCAUCUCGGUGUUCCCGGUUGCCAUUCAUUUUACGAUGCUCGGAUCUCUCGCUCGGCGAACUACCUCGGCUACACCCCGUACGUCCCAAUCUCGUGGCGUCGCAAUCACACCAUGAACGACCAGGUUGAAAUGACCGACAGAAGCGGGGGUAAUGUUUUGUCACUGAAUGAGGAGAAUGCAGGCAAUGCAUUCCAAGAAGUAUCGAGUCCCGAACCGCCGCUAUCUCGUUCACCCGAUUCGCCUCUCGUCUCCCUGGGUUUACUACCGUCCUCUAUUGACAAGGCGGACGGCAGCAAACUGAUGAGCACGCACCACAAAGGCCGACAAAUAGGUGUGCUGAUCGACAGCAGGUUCAACACCGGUCGUCGGGACAUCGUCACCGAUGUUUCUGCAGCUUUCGUUGUCGUCCUUAAUCACCACCAGGAAAUACGUAAUUCUUCGGCUGGUGGGACGGGCCAAUUAUCCUUAUUCUCAGUGACAGUCUUUCAUUGA